UUUGCAAAUCUGUCUAAUCAUUUGUUCAUUUUGCUGGGGUUUGUCUAGUCCGGCCCCGUUCACAAUUUGUGAAAUGUUUUGUAUUGUUUUAAUAUUAUAUAUAUUUAUCAAAAUUUAAACAAUUCAACCUAUCAAAAUUUUUUUGAAAUCAUAAAUUAUAUUAUCAAAAUUAAUUGUGUUGUGUUUGUUUUUAUUUAAUAUAACCAAUGAUUAUAAAUGAUACAACAUAAUUGAUUAAUAACUUAUUAAACUAUUAGCUGUUAAACGAAUGUUUGAAGCCAAGAUUUCCUAAAAUUAUAUCAAUUAUUUGAAUUUGAAUAUUUUCAGAACUCUGUUUGUAAUCACUAACCUAAACAACUUAAGUGCAAUAAAAAGUAUGGAUGACAAUAUUUAUAUCCUGAGAGAAUUCAAUGAAAAAUAUCCUAUCUGUCAAUGGUCUCAAUUUCAACAAAUGGGGCCUGAUCAUCAGCCUACAUUUAUUGUUGAAUUGACGGUAGAUAAUCAUAAAUAUGUGGGCAAAGGACAAUCCAAAAAAAGAGCCAAAUUAAAUGCCAUAAUCGAAUCUCAGUUAAUCACUACAAGAAUGGAUUCAAUUUCGGUACAUAUUGAAAAUGGCGAACAAAGUUUAAAAAAAAAAAGAACAUGGUCAGAGACAUUUGAAGACAAUACUGUUUUGAAGAAAUCGUCACCAAAUAUUCAAGCAGUACCAAAAUCAGCUAUAUCUGUUCUUCACGAGAUGUAUCCUGGAGAAAAAUUGAAAUUUGUAAAAGAAGAGUCGCAUGGUAUAUUAGAAACUAUGAGUGUUACUAUCAGUGGCUGUAAAUUUGUUGGAUAUGGACAAAACAUAAAAGAAGCAAAAGAAAUUGCAAGCCGUAAUGCGUUAAAAGCUAUAUUUGCGUCUCAGCCUUCAAACGAAAGAUUCAAAGACGUUAUAGAAAUGUUGCAAACCGAUUACGAGCAAGCGAAAAUCAUUGACUAUUUUGCCACCAUAACAGAUAUAACUUAUCAAAAUUUGCAGUUUGAUGACGUUAAACAUAAAGAAUAUUGUGUUGUAGCCAGUAUGAUUAAGAUGACCAAAAAUAUUUUAGAUACUGCAGAAGUAGUUUGUCUGGCUACUGGUACAAAAUGUAUGUCAGGUGAUAACUUAAGUCUAAGUGGUGAAACAUUGCAUGAUUGCCAUGCUGAAGUGUUGAGUCGCAGAUGUCUUAUGAAGUACUUCUACAACCAAUUAAAUGCAUUUUUCAGUUCAAAACCAUCAAUUUUUGUGUUUAACCAUGAAACUAAUCUGUUAAAGUUAUCGGAAGAAGUUAGUUUUCAUUUAUAUAUAAACACAGCUCCAUGUGGGGAUGCUAGAAUAUUUAGCUUCUCUGACACAGAAAACCAUCCAAACAGAUUGAAUCGCGGUUUGUUACGAUCAAAAAUUGAAAACGGAGCUGGUACGGUUUCUGUCUUUGGCCGAGAAAUACAAACAUAUGACGGAAUUGCUCAAGGGGAACGUCUGAUUACUAUGUCAUGUUCUGAUAAAUUGACCCGUUGGAAUGUUCUGGGACUGCAAGGCAAUUUAUUGGCAAAUUUUAUUGAACCUGUUUACUUAGAGUCAAUAUCCAUUGGCAGUGUAUUUAACGAGGAACACAUUACUCGAACAAUGUACGGCCGCAUUGAUAACGCUUUUGCUGAACUACCAGAAUUGUACAAAUUGCAGAAACCAAAGCUACGCGGUUACAGUAUCCUACCUCGUAGACAUAAUUCUGCAACACCGUAUUGUAUUAAUUGGAUUAAAGAUGAAAAUUUAGAAGUACUUAAAGGAAAUACUGGUCGAACAGUGAAAAACGAAUUGUCUAGACUUUGUAAAAGUAAGCUUGGUGAAGAUUUUUUGCACUUGAAUCGAAUCACUAACUAUGCUCAUAUGGCACAAUUAAAAUCAAUCAAAAAAAUUUCUUAUGAUAAGUUAAAAAGUAACAAUAAAACUUAUGAAAGUGUUAAGCAAUUGUUGUUAUGUACUUUUAUGUCAUACAAUUAUGGUAUUUGGGUAAAAAAACCAGAAGAAAUGAAAACAUUUGAAUUCAGUAUUUAAAACUUAAGAUAAUGUCUAAAAGUGUUCAAAAUAAUUUGGCUGAUUUUGUGUUGUUAUAGUUCACUGUAUAAUUAUAUUAGAGAAUAAUGUUUCAUUUUAACUAAAAAAAAAAAUCUCAUGCAAUUACUUCUUAAAAAUUGACUUGGGUAUAGUUUAUGUUUUUUUAAUUUUCCUGUUAUGUUAAUAUUUAUUACAAGUUUGUGUCUACAGUUUUAUUUAUGUUAAAUAUUUAGUAUAAGGUUAUUUUUGUAUUUACAUAGAAUAAGUAAUUUAAUUAAAAUGAUAUUUAAAAGUUAUUUUUUAGUGAAUGAACCUAAUUUAAUACUGUUGUGUUGUUAUUACAUUUCUAAGAG